CCGCUCGCACAUGCGCAGUCGCUCUCGUCUCGGUAAGGAGCAAAGAUGGCGUGUUCCGCGGCUCGCAGCUCCGCACGCUGGAUCUCAGCGGCCGUGUCCUCCAGCCACAGCCGGGCAUGCUCACCCUUCAUUCCCCGAGCGGAUGGAGCCUACAGGGGCUUCAAGAGCCUGUCAGGCCGGCAGAUGUGGACGACACGCGGCGGGCUCUCCGGAGGAGCCGGGGCUGCGGUGACAUUGAGCGGCAUGACAGCUAUAGGCUCUUCGCACGUCGUCUGUAAGAUGUCAUUUCACACCAGCGCUCCUUCAAGAAAACAAGACUUCUACCAGAUUUUAGGAGUUCCUCGCUCGGCAACGCAGAAAGAGAUCAAGAAAGCUUAUUACCAGAUGGCCAAAAAGUAUCACCCAGACACUAAUAAAGAAGACCCUCAAGCUAAGGAAAAGUUUGCACAGCUAGCGGAAGCCUAUGAGGUUCUCAGUGACGAGGUAAAGAGGAAACAGUACGACACGUACGGUUCUGCAGGGUUUGAUGCGGGUCGCGCCGGUGCGGGACAUCAGCAGUAUUGGGGUGGAGGGACCAGCAUUGACCCGGAGGAGCUUUUCCGCAAGAUUUUUGGCGAGUUUUCUGGCGCUCAGGGCUUUGGGGAUUUCAACGCCAUCUUCAAUCAGCCACAAGAGUAUGUGAUGGAGCUGACAUUCGCUCAGGCUGCUAAAGGAGUGAAUAAGGAGAUCACAGUGAACAUCGAGGGCACGUGUCAGCGGUGUGACGGCAGAGGACAUGAGCCUGGGUCUAAAGUCCAGCACUGCGGAAAUUGUAAUGGCACCGGCAUGGAGACGGUGAACACGGGACCCUUCGUGAUGCGCUCCACCUGCCGGCGCUGUGGAGGGAGAGGUUCGGUCAUCACAUCACCCUGUAUCGCCUGUCGAGGGACGGGACAAACCAAACAAAGGAAAACCGUCACGGUGCCCGUUCCUGCUGGUAUUGAGGAUGGGCAGACGGUGCGAAUGCCUGUUGGGAAGAAAGAGAUUUUCAUUACGUUCAAAGUCCAGAAGAGUCCGAUCUUCAGGAGAGACGGUGCUGACAUUCACUCUGACGUCAUGAUCUCUGUGGCUCAGGCCAUCCUGGGUGGCACCAUCAGAGCGCAAGGACUUUACGAGACCAUCAAUCUCUCGAUCCCAGUUGGAACCCAAACUGACCAGAGGAUCCGGCUGUCUGGUAAAGGUAUACCACGGGUCAGCGGAUAUGGUUACGGUGACCACUACGUCCACAUCAAGAUCAAAAUACCCAAGAUGUUGACGGACCGACAGCGAGCACUUAUGAUGAGCUAUGCGGAGGACGAGUCUGAUGUGGAGGGAACCGUCAACGGAGUGACCAGCACCACUGCAGGAGGGGGCAGUAAUCAGACUGGGACAGGGCACACAGAGAAAGACGAGGGCAUUUUCUCCAAAUUAAAGAAAAUGUUUAGCUCCUCCUGACAGCCACAAACCAGGUAAAAGAUCGGCUGGAAACUGAGAGACUUUGCCUUGCUAGUGGAGAUUGAGAAUUCACUGCAAACAUGAUGGACUUACAACACCGGAGUCUAACUCGGUUCCUGGAGAGCUGCAGCUCUGCAGAGUUUAGUUUCAGCCCUGCUUCAGCACACCUAUCUGUGGGUAUCAAACAAGCCUAAAGCACUCGUUAGUUGGAUCAGGUGUGUUAAAUUAGGGUUGGAACUAAACUGUGCAGAGCUGCGGCUGUCCAGGAAUUGAGUUUGACACCCCUGACUUACAAGAAGUAACAUGAACAGCAUUGAAUUCAUCUGGAAAACGCCUCAGAUACUACACAGAAUGAAGAGCUCUGGACAUACAAUUGACUUUUAAGAGCAGAUCAUUGAGGAUUUUGAUAAACGCACACAUGUACACUCUCAGAAAUAAAAGUACGCGAGGUGUCACUGGGGUGGUACCUUUUUGAAGGGAACACAUUUGUAUCCAAAGGGUGAAUAUUGGUACCUUAAAAGUAUAUGUUAGUACCUAUACAUUUUAAGAGGAACACUUUUUUACUACUUGGGUACUAUUGUACAUUUGAGAUGUUAAAAGGGACCUUUUAGAUACAAGUUUGAACAUUUUUGAAAAGGUACCACGUACCUUUAUUUCUGAAAGUGUACAGUCUUACCUCAACUUUGUGUUAUCAGCCUUAGCACCCACAGCAAUGCUAUUUCUUGGCUUUGGUCGGUAAUUUUAUGUUAAGGUUUAACACAGUCAGUUCUAUUUUCAGACAUUGGAAGUGGAUUGACUUCAGUAGAAUUAUUCAUUGGACAUUAAUGAAGCUCAUUGUUCAAGAUCGACUUCAGUAGAAUUAUUCAUUGGACAUUAAUGAAGCUCAUUGUUCAAGAUCUUUGUUUUGUGUUAAAAGGCUACAUCCGUCUGCUUUAGUUGCAGUGUAAAUAAACAACUGUUAAUAUUAAAUCAUUUUAAUGUGUUGUAGAGA